UGCUCUUUCUCCGGGGUGGUGGAUGACCUCACUCCCAUGCUGCCUAGUGAGUUGAGGCGCGACCAUGGGGAAAGAAACAGUGCCACUUAUCAAGAAGAAUCUGUUGGAUCUUAAAGUAGCAGAGGUUCCUUCCUGGACUAUACAGAGACUAUUUUCUCCAAUGUCUAUAUUUCAUGCUAUCUGCAGAUGUCAUGAUUCCUACUACAAACAUUAUAUCGAUGUGAAAAAGGGUGGCCUUGGUGGCAUUUCAAUGUUCCUGAUGGGAUAUGUCGUGAUCAGCUACAUUUGGGGAUUCAGCCACAUUAUUGGACAUGGACUGUUACAGUAUCUCAGAAGACCCAAACGGUGCUGAACAUUGUGUAAUCUUCAGCAAACAUCCCCACUUCUGACCUUGUGAUAUAUGAAGCAGUUAAUGAAGCACUUAGAGACUGUUGGACCUGGAACAACGCCCUGAGGAAUUUCUGCUGAGAUGACUGACCUCUAAGAACCAAAACCAUCUUCUUCAUUCACCAAGUAUUCUUCAGUUACUCAUUGCCAUAUGGGCAACAGAAGCAAUUUUUCUCUAAUGCCAGAUUUUGACAUCAUAAAACUAUGGUGUAUUGAUAUUGUAUAACAUUGCACACAGUCCACUGAAAUCUUUUACUGUAGAAAGCACCUUAAUUGUUAUCUUAGUCUUACUAUGGACCUGGAGUUUUAGUCAAUAUUCUAAGGAAAAAAUUUGCUACUUGUAGAUUAAUUAUUUCCCAGAGCUUCAGUCAGAGCGUA